ACAUACUUCACUUGGCAAAGCCAUUGCAUGAGCGUGGUUUCAUCACUUUCAUUCUUAAAGUCGCUCGCCCAGUUAUUAAACUGAAGCGAAGACAUGAGAUAGCUUCCGAGAUUCAAGAUAUCAAAACAACCAUCCAGGAGAUCAAGCAAAGAGCUGAUAGAUAUGGAUUCAGUUCCUUGGAGCAAGGAUCAAGCAGUGGCACAAAAGAUAGCACAUGGCAUGACCCUCGAGUGGCUUCCCUUUUCAUUGCUGAAGAUGAAAAUUGUCGGCAUUGAAUCUCGCAAAGACGAAUUGAUCAGUAAGCUAUUGGCAGAACAACCGACCGUGGAGUAAUUUCUCUUGUUGGGAUGCGUGGAUCCGGAACGACCACUCUAGCCAAGAAAGUCUACGAUAGCUCGACUGGACACUUCGAUUGCCAUGCUUGGAUCCCUGUGUCUCAGUCAUACAAAAUGGAGGAGACCCUCAAAACCAUGAUCAAGAAGUUCUAUGGAUCAAGAAAGGAGCUUGUUCCUGAAGGAAUUGAUACAAUGGAAGAAGUUUUGCUCUUUGAAAAUUUGACGGGAUAUUUAGAACUGAAGGGGUAUGUGGUUGUUUUUUAUGAUGUAUGGAAAAUUGAAUUUUGGAGUUUCAUAAAAUAUGCUUUAUCGAAGAACAGCAAAUGCAGUCGAGUAAUCAUCACCACUCGAAAUGAUGAUGUUGCUUCUUCUUGCAAAGAAUCUCCAUUUGAUUACGUCCACCAACUCAAGCCUCUCUCUGAAGACAAGGCUUGGGAACUCUUUUGCAGUAAGAUAUUCCAAUUAGACUUUGGGGGUCAAUGUCCACCAGAAUUGAAAGAAUUCUCUCAUAAAAUUUUUGGCAAGUGUGAAGGAUUGCCACUUGCAAUUGUGGCAAUAGGUGGUUUGUUAUCCUAAAAAACAAGAUUGUAUCCGAAUAGAAAGAAUGAGAGGAGA